AUGUACCAAAAAGUCGGAAGCGUACUUGACCAUGAUAUGAGGGAGAGCUUGAGGGACGCAACAUCUAAUAGUGAUUCUGAUCCAUUUGCCCGGGUUUGGCACGAAAGUACACAGCAGCUGAAAGUAAUCCUAUGGGAUACUGCCACAGGGAGUGUUAAGCAUACGCUGGAAUCAUCGUCUUUAGUGGGCGGGCCUGUUACUUUUGCCCACAGCCAGCUUCUCAUUGCGAGCGGUAGAACUCAGGUUGGAAUAUGGGAUUUUGGGUCACCCAGUCCGAAAUUCACGUUCAACCGGGAACCUGAGCAUACAGGAAAUGUUACCUGUCUUGUCUUCUCCCAGGACGAUAAAACAAUUGUCACCGGCUAUUAUGAUUCCGAAAUCUUUAUUUCCAACUGCACAUCCGAAGAGUUGCAACGCGCGCUUGAUUUCCAACUUGGCCCUGUUAACUCUAUCUCGCUUUGCCCGACAUAUCAUAUAUUAGAAGUGGCAGUAAGGCGCGACCCCCGAGGGGCAUGGGUGUUGGAUGCGCACAAUACAGAACCACUUCAAUGUUUGCUACUUCCGUACCGCGAGUCGAUUACCCAGACACUUACCUUCUUGCUGGGCGUGGGAUUAUUGGCCGGGUGA